GCUGAAGGUAACGCCGCUGAAUUUCCUUCUCUUGCAUCAAUUUGAUGCGGCGUGAAGCUGCUGGGCGAUGAUGAUGAUGAUGCGGCUGCAUCGGCGGGCUUUGAAUGUGUGAAUCCUGUACGGGACUCUCCUCAUUCGCAAUGUAAAUUGGAGCCAAUAAGUCUAAUUUUUCUGCUGUUUGCUCUGCGAUAAUUACAUUGAUAAUAAUAAUAAAAAAAAGCCUUAUUUUGACGCUUGGGGUUAGGGUGCCAGUGGCUGUAAUUGUGUCUCUCCUGCUGCGGCAGCUCCUCAGCUCAAGACAGACUCAAGUAACCUCAGCUGAAGACGAAAAACAGCAAGCUGGCAAGUGCUGUAUUACCCAACCCAAGCCGAGGGAGCCGGUGCAUGGGGCAUCUAUCACACUGGCGCAGGGGCUUCCCAGGAACCGCCACAUCCCCAAAUUCGUCUGAGGACUGCUGAGCGCUUACAACCCCUCCUGAUGGUUGUUGGAGGGCAGCCCCGAUGCAUCUUGUGCGUGUGAAAGCUCUCAGAGUCCCCUUUUGCCAGCUCUGCAUCAACAGAACGGAGACAGAGCAGACGGUAACUCGGUGUGUGUCAUGUUAGAGGCUGGACUCUUUCCUGCUCACACCAGCUCCCUGCCAAAAUCGGUGACCUGCCCUGUCUGAGGCCUUUGUAUAUGAGCAUCUCUGCGGUGGUUUGUAGACAUUACUGCCCAUUUUAAUCCCCUCCUCAUUCCUUCCAACAAAAAGACUCCUCACAUCUCUGACUGUCAGUUUAGGACAGAGCAGAGGUCAAGAUGCAGGUCUCCUUCGCAUGCACUGAGCACAACCUGAAGAGCCGCAGUGAGGACCGGCUCUGUGGCCUUCGCACCGCUCCACCUCCUGGAGGAAGCAGUGGAGGAGUUGGUGGAGGAGGUGGAGGCAGCAGUGGUGGAGGAGGAGGUGGCGGCUGCGGUAGUGGAUCAGGAGGAGGUAGUGGUGGCGGAGGAGGUGGUGGAGGACAAGGGGGUAACAGUAACUACACCUCCCAUGGCUCUGUGAAGAACAGGGAGGGCCCCGGGUCCCGGCAGACCGCACAGGGCCAUGCCCACAUGAAGGAGGCCAUCGGGCGCCACACCAGCAUGAAAUACAGGAACCUGGGAAAGUCCGGACUUCGUGUAUCCUGUCUCGGGUUAGGCACCUGGGUGACAUUUGGAUCCCAGAUCUCUGAUGAGAUGGCUGAGAACCUGAUGACCCUCGCUUAUGAAAAUGGAGUCAACCUGUUUGAUACAGCAGAGGUGUAUGCCUCUGGAAGAGCGGAAAUCACUCUAGGGAACAUUAUCAAAAAGAAAGGAUGGAGGCGCUCAAGUUUCGUCAUCACAACAAAAAUCUACUGGGGAGGCCAAGCAGAAACAGAGCGAGGACUCUCCAGAAAGCACAUUAUUGAAGGUUUACGAGGAUCCCUAUCAAGACUCCAACUGGAUUAUGUGGACUUAGUUUUCGCCAACAGAAAUGAUGUCAACAGUCCAAUGGAAGAGAUUGUUCGGGCCAUGACAUUUGUAAUAAACCAGGGCAUGGCCAUGUACUGGGGAACCUCUCGCUGGAGCUCAAUGGAGAUCAUGGAAGCGUACUCCGUUGCACGUCAGUUCAACCUGAUACCACCUGUAUGUGAGCAAGCAGAGUAUCACUAUUUCCAGAGGGACAAAGUGGAGGUUCAGCUUCCUGAACUUUACCACAAGAUCGGUGUGGGAGCGAUGACCUGGUCUCCACUUGCUUGUGGAUUAAUCACAGGGAAGUACAGCGAUGGUGUGCCCGAGUGCUCCAGAGCAGCGAUGAAGGGAUACCAGUGGCUGAAGGAACGGGUGAACAGUGAAGAAGGCAGAAGGCAACUGGCUAAAAUCAAGGAGCUCCAUCUACUGGCAGACAGACUGGGCUGCACCGCUGCACAAUUAGCCAUAGCCUGGUGUUUGCGAAGUGAGGGUGUCAGCUCAGUGCUUCUUGGUGUUUCUAAUACUGACCAGCUACUAGAGAACCUUGGAGCCCUCCAGAUUCUAUCCCAAAUGACCCCUCAGACCAUUACUGAGAUCGACACCCUGCUGGGAAAUAAACCACACUCAAAGAAAGAGACGCGUGCUUAAAGAUACAAAAUAAACAGUGACGGGUGAUGUUUCAUGACAAGAAAACCUUGGGAAACUUCGCUUCUUGCUCUGCUGUAUACUCAAAUUGCAUGUUCUCCGCAAACAUUAUGCUUCCAGUCUGUGCGCAUACCCAUGUUGGCGCACAAAUUUGUAUCAUAUACAACAAAAAAGAAAAUCUCGCUCAGCUGUGAAAAAAAAGGAUCAUAUAUUGCUCACUGUCAAUUGUUCGCAGACUUCAUAGAACAAGAGUGAGAAGCUUCUGCUGUUCACAGAAACCGAGAAAGGUUUGCAAGCGUUCAGCUGCAGUCAAAGCACAGGAAAUGGCCCACAGUGGAAAAUAAAUCCCACCUCUUUUCUUAAAUUCAACAUUGCUGGUUAAAUGGUGCUUUCACUGGACAUUUGAGUCUGCCCUCCCUUGCAGCAGCCUGUUGUUCUGUGUGAUGUUUAGGAGCCAGCAGCCAGAGAGCCAAAGGUUAGUGUGUCUAGCUGAACAUUUCCCAUCAUGUGCAUGUGACUGGUCUGCAACACUCACUGCUUCACAGGGUUGGGAACAAUGAGUUACUUGUGUUGUGAAAAACAAACAAAACCAUCAGUCUAGUUUUAAAAAAGGAUCUGAUCUCAUAAGUAUUGUGCAGUAUAAAGAAAAGGCUGAAUUAACCAUUUAGUUUGGCUAGCAAAGGUCACUUUAAAAAAAUGAAAACAGGUAUUAUUAGUGGGUGCAGUUUAGAAAGACUUUCCCAACCCUGCUGCUUUCCCGGCAGUCUUUUUGCCUCCUCUGUUUGUAAACUGUGCGCAUGUCCCUUUAAGAGAGAAUUAGCCCUAACCGGGCGUAAAUGUGGCAUGGCUUUUACGGCUUAUGUAGAUUUGCAGUGCCCUUGUAAGCCAUUAUUUUUAUUUAUUUUUUUUAUUCGAAUAGUCCUGGAGUUUGAUCCAGUACCCCUGCUGCUGGGGUCUUACUUUAAAUAGGCCCAGCUAUCCUGGAACACAGCCGUAUCCAUCUGAUGUAAACCCUUUGUAUUGUCUUAAACUGUACAGGCAAAUGCCAACGAAAAGUGUCAAUAAUGUAAAGACUGUUGCUGUACUUAAAGAAAAGGUUUGAGACAGUAGGAGAGAGUGGGACGGUCACAUAGCUUUGGACACACUGUGGUGAAACUGUACUUUUGCAAUCAUAGGAAAAAAGUUUAUUUACCAUGAUACAAGGAGCUCCAGGGUAAGAAUUAGCAAAUGUAUUUUUUGUUUUGUUUUGUCUUUCUCUUUUUGUUUUGAAAUUCAAAAUAUAGCUUCUUUGCUCAUACAGUAUCUCUGUAAGUACUCCUUCUGUGUCAGUCUACCCUUUGAUUCUUACACACUUACAUGAUUUCUUUGCAGUUUUUCUUACAUAGUUACAAAUUUUGAGAAUAAUUCAGCAGAAUAAUGAUCCAAAUGCUAGGGCCGUAUACAAGUAGAAGUGAUUUUCCAGACAUAAAAUCAUUGUUCUUCCGUGGCCAUCUUAUUGUUUAGACCUAAAUCCUGUAGAAAAACUUUAGGGUGAGAUGAAGAGAGGAGAGCAUAUAAGAGAGACCAGAACUCAUGUGGGGGAUGUACAAAUUAUUAAACCGGUCUACCAGGGAGGAUGCUAAAAGGAUGAACCACAAUCAAGCAAAUAUUUAGAUUCUGAUUUGCUUCAUAGGCACAUUCUCCCCAAAACCCUGAUAUAUAUUUGUUAUAUUAUAAACUGAAAAAAAUGUCUUGCAGGGUGAAGGAUUUAAAGUAAAACCUUCCUUUAAUAAGUUUCUGUGGCAGUAAUGGUCUUCAUUCAUUAGUAGCUGGACAGGAAGAAGGGUAGAGAGAGAAGGGGAAGGUAUGCAGUAAAUAACCCAAAGCCAGGAAGCGAACCCAGGACAGCUACACCUGCUCUAUCAUUGAGCUACUUGACGUCCCACUAAAGCCUUGAUUAAUAACUUUUAAAUUUAUUUUUUAAACAAUAGCAAGCUGUGGGCUGUGGACCGUCAUAAAUAAAAUAUUUCAGAUUCUUUAGACACUUUUCUAGGCAAAAGAAACACCUGCAGCUUUUCUGCUUGUUCUUAACUUGAGCUAACUGAAGCAGGCUGAUAACAUUCAGAGCACAGUGCAUUCCUCUGCUGCUUAUCAAAUCUGGUUGCUCCAUUUUUGCCCUCACUGAGACUCAGGCUUUGGUUGUAGCUGCAGAACUAACUGAAAUAAUCCCAUGACUCUGUCUGAGUCUUUGUUAAAUGUUUCAGAUGAAAGAAUCAGACAGAAAGCAGCUAAGAUAUUAGAAAAUCCUGCCUAUUAAUUAAAGUGUUACCAGGUUUUUUCUUUUUCACCUCAGGGAUUUUAAUUCUUGAAAGAUAAAUUUCAUCAGUUAGGUAGUUUUCCUACACAUUUCUAGUUCUAAUAUUCAUAAAAAAAAAAAAAACAAUAUUGUCCAGGAUAAAUUAAAAUAUAUUUUCCAAUCUCCAAAAAAAUACUGAGGUGGAAAAAACUUAAUUACCUGCCACAGACCAUCAGUUAUGCAACAAUGAAAAAUUGGGACACAAUGUUCAGAAAACGUGACUUAGGUUAAUCGAUCUCUCUAAAUUGCCCUUAGGUGUGAAUCAGUGUGUGCAUGGUUGUUUGUCCUGUAUGUCUCUGUGUUGCCCUGCGAUGGAUUGGCGACCUGCCCAGGGUGUACCCUGCCUCUCGCCUGUAGACUGCUGGAGAUAGGCACCAGCUCCCCCGUGACCCACUAUGGAAUAAACGGUAUAGAAGAUGAAUGAAUGAUUGAACAUUAUGGUUUCUUUCACAGAUGCUGGCUUUAGCUGGAAAUUUACUGGAAACAUGUCGUGUAAUUUUAGUAUCAUAAACUACUGAAAUGCAGUAAUCCUUAGAUGGUAUAUUUCCUAUAUCCUAACUGAUUGAUUUCAAUGCAAUUAAUCUAUUCAAUUUGUUGGAUGGAGCAUGUUAGCUAACCCUAGCAUGUCACCAAACAUCAACUAUUUACUAUGCUAACAUUAACAUCUUAGCUAUAACAUUAACAUGCUAACAUAACAUUAACAUCUUAGCUAUAAAUAAGGCAACUUUAUCUACUGUGCCAAAGUAAGUCAGUAAAAGCAUCUCAAAAAUUUAAAUUUCAUCAAAAAAUUUAUUUCAGUUAUUAAAAACGUUCAACUCAUAUUUCUUAUAAAUUAAUUACACUCAGUCAUAUAUUUAAAGCAUUUAUGUCUGUUAUAUUGGGUCAUUAUGGCAUACAGCCAAUGAAAACCAAAAAUUCAGUUUCUCAUAAAACUAUGACAUAAGACUAAUAACAUUAUUAUUAAACACAGUUAUGAGAAGGCUAAUGAAACAGUAAACAGUAACUGAAACCCUCCACAAGGAUAUUCCACAAAAGGUCAUUGGUAAAGAAGCUGGCUGUUCAAAGCGCUGUACCCAAGCAUAAUAAUGGAAAAUUAGGUGGAAGGAACUCAGUACAAAAAUGUGCACAAGCCAUAAUGAAUCUUUAUAAUAUAGUAUAUAGAGUUUCCCUUUUUAUACUCAUUUACUAAAAUAAACAAACUUUUUGAUGAUAUUCUAAGUCAAUAAAAUGUAACUGAAUGCCAGACUUAGCUAACUUGCUACAUAUAGCAUGUUGGCUAAUAAAAGCUAACUCUACCAUAUGCCCACACAUAACAUACAUGAUAUUGACCGAUACACUAAAAGUCACAGAGUUGGAUGCAUCGUAAUGUUAUAGAAGACUUGACUAAGGAAAAUGGGGUUUAUCACACUGCAUUUUGUCAUCGGAUUAAUAAAAUAUAGGGCGACCGCAUACAUUCCUAAUAUCAUACAGUCCUAAAAUAUUGGCUACUUACCUGUUCACCGACAAUAAACUUAAGACUCUGUUUCAUCA